CCUCAGCGCACGCGAUUGUUCAACUUCACCCAGCAUCGCCCAACCCGCGCCCUUCGAGGAAAUCCAGACAACUUCCAACACAGCGACAACUCAGCUACCAAGAUGUCGGACGGAGAAGAGCAACCCCAGGAUGUCGCCGCGGCCGAGGAGGUCGAGGUGGCAGCAGACUCCGCCAAGUCUGGCUCCAUGUCCGUUCUCGACGCCCUGAAGGGUGUCCUCAAGAUCGCCCUCAUCCACGACGGUCUCGCCCGUGGUCUCCGUGAGGCCAGCAAGGCCCUCGACCGCCGUCAAGCACACAUGUGCGUGCUCAACGAGUCCUGCGAGGAGGAGGCCUACAAGAAGCUCGUCGUCGCUCUCUGCGGCGAGCACAAGAUUCCUCUCAUCAAGGUUCCAGACGGAAAGCAGCUUGGCGAGUGGGCCGGUCUCUGCCAAAUUGACCGCGAGGGUAACGCACGCAAGGUCGUCAACUGCUCUUGCGUCGUCGUCAAGGACUGGGGUGAGGAGUCUCAGGAGCGCAGCAUCCUCCUCAACUACUUCCAGACCGAGCAGUAGACGAAGCCAGAUGGAAAAAGGACAAAAAAUGUGCCGACUAGAUACCCCGAUUGCUAGCAUCGCCAUUCGAGGACUCCGUCUAUAGACUUCACGGAAGAGAUUCGGCAGAACGGAUACAAUUUCUUCAAAAAUGCAUCAACUUCGCGGGACAGCUCUGCGGUCAUACCAACGGCUCUUCUCUCUCGGACCAUCUUUCAGACGGAACGAAGUGUGCUGUUUCGGGAGCUAGACGUGCUCUCAGCUGUGAUUCAGCUGUACUGUGCUGUAAAGCUUCUGCUCGCACGGACAAUACUCGAGCUGUCGAAGAAUCCAUCACGUCUCUUCUAAUUGUCAUUUGACAAUGCGUGAUUCUGUUACUGACACGAACAGAUGUCUGCGCC